UAUUCAAUAGAUAUUGCACUAAUAACUAGAUAGAUUCCUUUCACACAAUACUAUUAAUUCUUUGUUUGUGUUAGUUACUUCGCCGCCAUUAUCAUACCUGCACUUUUCUCCACUUAGUCUCUCCAAAAUCUUUGUAGCCUUCAGCUUUUUCUUUUUGGGUGUGUAAAUAAUUUUGACUUUUGGAGCAUUUGAUCUCUUAACCCACUCACUCCUUCUUUCUCCUUCACUUCUAAACAAAGUUAAAACGUUACUCCUCUGCUUUUGUCUCAUCCCACUAAAAAAUCAACCUAAAAUUUUAUUUUAUAAUAAUACGUACAUCAUCAACAUUUGCCUUUGUUUUCGCUGCAGUGACAUUUUACCAUUCUGUGAUCUACAAACAAGGGAAGUUGUUGGUCAGAACUCACAAGUAAAACAGUGUAUGGUGAAGGGAUUUCUCAAGUGCUUGAAUCGUGCUAGAUAUCCCCCAUUGAUUGAUUAUACGAUGGAAAAUGAGUCUUUGAAAUGAAAAUGGGUUGUGUGAACUCCAAAACUGAUAAAAAUGAAGCCUUGCGUCUUUGCAAGGAACGAAAGAGGUUGAUCAAGGUGGCUAUUGAUUCCAGACACGCUCUUGCUGCUGCACACUUAUCUUACAUUCGAUCUCUUCGAAACAUUGGCGUUGCUCUUCGACGAUACGCUGAGGCAGAGAUGCUGUUAGAGUCCUCCCUUUCGGUUUCAGACCACACACCAUCUCAAUCUACUUACCCUUCUCCUUCUCCAUCGGAGUCGCCAUCGAACAAUGAGAGUCACCAUCACGUGAGUUACAUGAACACAGGUGGCUGUGAAGCUGUAACUGUCAUGAUCAAUCCCCACGCUGAAAACCUUUUGGUCGAUGAAGCCUUUGAGAGUGAUGCCUCUUGGGAUUUCUUUGAUGCUGCCGAUAGUGCUAAGAGUUCUGAGUUUACGGGGCAUGCUAGUCACUACAAGGAUGAAGAAGAAACUGAUUCGUUCUUGGAUGCGUCGAGAGGAAAUGACUAUUGCAGUUUGUCUGUGGAAUGUUGUAAACAAAAGGGUUGUGGAGAAAUGAGGCAAUCAGAGUCAUCAACUGAUGUGGGUAUUGUUGGACGGUUGAGCUCAAAGAACAAUAAGAAUGUAGCUGUGAACACUGAGAUGGAAGAUCCUUCUGAGUUCAUCAGUCACAGGGCUAAAGAUUUUCUUUCUAGCGUGAAGGUUAUAGGGCAUCGGUUUGUUCGAGCUUCUGAAUCUGGUAGGGAGGUCUCGAGGCUAUUGGAGGCAAACAAAUUAAAGGUUGGAUUUUCUGAGCAAAAAGGGAAGUCAUCUACCACGAUUUUUCUUGCGGCUUUUAUCUUGGCUUGCUUCAGUGAAAAUGCCAUACCUGCUAUUUCCCAAGAACCUGCACAAAAGAUUAUUAGUUGGAAGCGGACAGAAUCUUCUCAAUCAGGCUCAAUCAGAAACCCUUUAGUUAAAACAUCAAAGACAUAUAUGGAUGAUAGUGGAAGUGACUUUUUUGAAGAACCCUGCAUGAUUGCUGGAAGCCAUUCCUGCACCCUUGAAAGAUUGUAUGCUUGGGAGAGAAAACUUUAUGAUGAAGUAAAGGCAGGUGAAUUCAUAAGGAAGAAGUUUGAUCGAAAAUGUGAUCAGCUAAGGCAUCAAUUUGCAAAAGAUGAAAGCAGUAGAGUGAUUGACAAAACACGAUCCAUAGUGAAGGAUCUGUAUUCUCGGAUAACAGUAGCUAUCUAUUCUGCUGAUUUAAUAUCUAAACGAAUUGAGAUGAUAAGAGAUGAAGAAUUGUUCCCACAACUUUUGGAACUUACUCAAGGGUUGAUGAGGAUGUGGAAGGCUAUGCUUGAAUGCCAUCAUGCACAAUACAUUACUAUGUCAUUGGCUUAUCAUUCAAGGAGCUCAAUGAGGAGCUUGGAAGGAGAUACACGAAGAGAGAUAACGGGUGAGCUACUAAAAGAGCUUGAGUGCUUUGGUUUAAGCUUGUCUAACUGGAUCAAUAGCCACACUUCAUACAUUGAAUCUCUCAAUGGAUGGCUACAAAACUGUAUACUAGAACCAAGGGAACGUUCCAAGAACAGAAAGCCAUUCUCCCCUCGUCGUGCUUUGGCCCCACCAAUAUUUGUUCUCUCUCGAGAUUGGUGUGCUGGGAUUAAGGCUUUUCCCUAUCAGGAACUAAGUCAUGCAGUAAAGUACUUUGUAUCUAAUCUUCAUCGCACGAUAGACCAGCAAGAUAAAGAGCUCCAUGAAAAAUAUAAUUCAGUUGUUGCAAGCACUAGUGGAGAAACCAAGAGCAAAAGUAAUGAUGAGGGUGAAGAUGACUCUUCACGUUUGUGUUACAUACAUGAAAGUUUAACCAAGCUUGUUCAUCAACUCACUAAAUUUUCUGAGGCAUCAUUGAAGGUGUACGAGGAUAUCAGACAGAAAGUUGAAGCAGCUCAAACUGCGUAUCACAGUUGCAAGUCCAUCAGGACUGGCAAAAUUCAAUCCUAAAAUAGAAACCACUCUUCCAUCUUGCUUAAGAUUAACAGAAAUAUGAAAGACAGAAUGAGGAACUUAUUUGUUGUGUUGGUCUUGGUAUUUAUAUCAGUUCUUCUUUGGCCAUUUAUUUUUUCUUCUUUCACAUGCAGCUAGUAUUAGCUUCACCAUAUCUUCGGGUUUUUAUCUAAAUUUCUUUCCCCAAAAGGAAACAUAUCUAUAACUCUUAUGGGUUUAUGAAGAUCCUACCCUCCCUACUUCAAUUUCUUUUAUUAGAGAUGGUUUUCCUAAAA